UUGUCUGCGUAUCCAAGUUGAAGAGCUGCAUGUACAGCACUAAAGAAAACUCUACGGAGCGUGUGAGAGAUCUCCACGACAACUUCUACAUGCGAGGCACAAGCAAGAAUUCAACAGAUCAGGAUGAUGAUUUCAACGACAGUCUUCCAAGUUUCAGCAUCUGGAUUUUAACGGUUUCCAGUCUCUCCCUAGCGGCUAUGUUCGCUAUCACAGGAGGAGCUCUCUCCGUCAUCAAUGCUAUUCGGAAUUCUACCGAAGUAGUGUUCGGAUUUGUUGGAAUUCUCAUAUGGAACGGACUUGGAGCUCUCUCGGCUAUGGUUUCGGUCUUCAGCUGGACUGUCCAAUACUUAACAAAGUUCCGCAGAAAUGUUAUGACACGUGAAGAACUGGAACAACAUUGGGUGUCUGAGUACCGAUCAUGCCUAGGUUUCAGUUUCUACUUGGUCGUCAUUUCAAUCCUAUUGUUCUUGGUCAACAUCGCAGCACUUGCGGUUAUUAUCAGACAACCUUGGGUAGAUCGGAAGUUGCGAUCGGAACUGAGGAAAAAACUUUCUAUGAGAAAAUUCGUUCCACAUUCGCCAGCUUCUAGCCUUGCCAAGAAACCAAAAGAUGACGUUAUAUCUGUCUGAUAGCUGUUACUGCUGCAAUUUUUAUUGUUAUAUAUGUAGGAAGGGUACAUUUAGCACAAUGACAAUUAAUUGAAAGGAAGUUUUUAUUAGAAAGAUUGUUAUUUAUUGGAAGUAAUGUCUGGUUAUUUAACUUGGUUCACUACGUAUAUCGUGCAUGUAUGGAAGACUGCAUAAACGCAACGAUUAAAUGAUACUACAUAAGAACCCCAAAUCACAGAAUAAAAUCAUCAAGUUAAUGAGGUGGAAAUUAAAAUGAGAUAAUAUAAUAUUCGUGCUUGCCUUUUAAAGUACUAUACAUGUAUUUAUGACACUAAGCCAUGACAAUUAAUCUACACAACACGAAGAACAGAUCCAUUGCAAUAAGAAUGUAAAUAUUACCAUAAGUUAUACCGAGCUCCUGAACCCCAUUAACAUGCGUGGAUACAUAAUAAGGACAACAAACACCAUAUUUCAUCAUCCACAAGUGACCAAAUAAAAUUAUAAUUAAUGUACGGUUACAUUAAAUAAAAUUGUAAUUAAUAUACAAUCACGGAAAACUUCGUUUGUUUACUCACAGAAUUAAAGAAUUUGUUUAUACUUUUUAGUGACCUGCCCAGCCUUCUUUGAUUCACUACAUCAAAAAUGUCUUGGUCUGAUAUUAAUACUAUAGCCUCAAUCAUUCUUUCUUUUCCUGUCUACAUUUCUUUCACUUAUAUUUCAAAGCUUUUGGACAACAGAAACAAUUUCCAUGGGUUCUGACAUUGUUGCCUCGUCACUGGCAAUCUUUCUGCUAUGGCAUAAUCAGGGACCAGUCUUUUCCAAUGAUGAAUUAAUGUUAGUCUUUCAACUUCACUCCAAGCCAAAGCAGUGUGAGAUUUAUUCAUCAAACAUAAGUUUCUUCUAAAAAAUCCUCUAAGCGAAUGGGUUGCUUGCAAGAUUUUCCUCAUGUGUUAUGUGAAUAUGAGCCUGUUUCCCUUAGAAAGUUCUCCAAAAAAGCAUCUCUCCCCUUAGACAGAUAGCCCUUGUGUAUUUUGCCAAAUUCAAAUAACCAAAUCUCUUAACAGAUCAGAUUUUUCAUCAACUGGUUUGAUAUUUUUUGGAAGAUUCAUGCGCGAAUAAAUCAAGAAACAGAUUACCGGCCAAAACAUAAUCAUAAGAGUUUGUUAUGAAAAUUUUCAGUUGAGUUCAGUUGGCAAUGAAUGAAUGAAAACUGUCAAGAGUUAUUUAACAAGAUGAAGUCCUAAAAGUAACAAACAAUGCAAAAUUUUCAGAUAAUUAUACUAGAUUUGUUUGUACACAGCUAAUUAUUUAUAUAUCAUUAUACAAUAUGUUUAUUCACUUUUUAUAACAAUAGUUGCUGUCCUUACAUUAGUGAUAACUUUAUGUCCCAUAUUCAACAGUUAUUCAACUUAACAAACCUUCAAAUGCAUAUGGUUAACAGACUAAGAAUAAAUAUAAGGUAGCACUUAAAUGUUUUCCAAGUAGAAACCAUGCUUAUUAGUGAGAAUAUUCCUUAUUCUUGUCUCCAUUCAAAAGCUUAUGUUACUACCAAUAUACUUUCAUUUUUAAAAUACAAUUAAUUAAACCCAUUUAAUUUUACAUCAAUAUUAAGUAAUUAAGUUAUCAGUUGUUUUUAAUAAUUAAAGGCUGUUAGAGUUUGAAUAAUCUUUAUAUUAUCAACUAAAAUUUAAAUAAAUGUUAGUAUUCACAUUAAUGACAUGGGUCAGCAUGAUGAUUUUUGCAGAGCUUUCUGCAUUUGAAUGUUGGCAAGCUGAAGUCCUAGAUCAGAACAUACAUAAAGUUGAUUUCAGUACUUUGUUUUGAGUUAGUGAUGAAAACCCUUUUUCAUGUAGACAUAUGGAAGCAAACUGAGUUAUAAUUUUUAAGUCUGUCUGCACAGCUCAUUACAUUCCAUUUUCACAUGUAAUAGGCUACCAAUGAGAACAGCAAACAAAGAUGAGAAGCACCACAGUCAUAGAGCUCUUUUGUUGGGGGGGGGGGGAAUUAAGAUUGUACUGUCUAUAGUGAGAAAGCCAAUAAUAAAUUUCAUAAAAUGUCAGUCUUGGGAGAAAAUGUGAUAGAUGAUUGUCAUUUGCAAUUUUCAGAGACUGAGAUUUCCAGGUAUAAAGCAGUAUGUUGAUUUUUUUUUUCCAAUCUAGGAGGACUACAAAGGCAGGCUUCAAGAACCACAGUUUGCGAAAUGCUGAUAUAAGGUAGUGCAAAAUUUUUCAAGGGACAAACUUCACAGUUUAUACUUACUGUAUUAUAUAAACUAUGAGUUUUAUUUGUAAGGAAGAAAUUUAUUUCACAACUUUAUUAGUGCUCACCAUAUUUCCUCUAUACAAAUUCAUCAGAUCAAUUUAGAGUAUACACAUUUCAUAGCGGAUGCAUUAGUUUGUUGGUGUAUGUUUCAACCACUUUUGGUGAUAAAUUUUCUGAUUUCAAUACUCAAAAGUUCAUGGCCAUAUACCCAACACUUAGUUCUACACAUGUUAUGCUGAAAGGAUUUCGGGGACUGUGCAUGAUAAAACCAAUGAUUAAAAGCAAAUGAAACUUUUCAAUGAGUAAAAGCAAAAUGAAAUCACGUUUUCUGUUUUUAUUGUAUGUUAUGUAUAAAUGUCUACACUUGUUGCUUUUUUAUUUUUUCAAUCAAGUCUUAUUUUCAUUUUGUGUUAUAUCAAAACUUUCACAAAUUUGUAAUUUAGUUUGAAUGGCAAACUUAACAUUGUAAUUAUAAUGCUACUGAAUAAAUCUAAAAAUUCUGA